UCUCCUUAAAACACCAAUAAGUAAUCAUCGGUUUUUGGCUGUUAAACCCACAACCUAGUCGCUGUUAAACCCACAACCUAGUCAUCAGCAACGUCAUCAUCAUUGUCAAAUUCGAAGCUUGAAAUCAGAAGCUACUUCUGCUGCUGCUGCUUCUUCUUCUUCUUCUUCUGGUGAAAAUUCACGUGAUUGUGGGACCCAUGUUUGCCGGAAAAGCUUCCACUCUUCUCAAGAGGCUUAAUACCGAGAGCAGAAAUGGAAAGCUAUGUGCAGAAAGGUUUGGAAGAGGUGGGCUUGAGCAUGUACCAUAAGAUGAGAAAAAAUGGUUUGAUACCAGACCACUAUACUUUUGCAUCAGUCUUUAGGGCUUGUGCUUCUUCAGCAAUCCUAGAACAAGGCAUGCAAGCCCAUGCUCUGUGGAUCAAGUGCCAAAUUAGUGGAAAUCUUGUAGUUAAUAGUGUCCUCAUGGAUAUGUAUUUCAAGUGCAGUAGUCUCUCUGAAGGGCAUCUUGUAUGUUAGAAGUUUUUAGAUAGAAAGCUUGUUACCUGGUCAGCUCUAAUAUCUGGAUAUGGAAACCAUGGAAGAGUGGUAGAGGUUAUAGAAUCCUUUCACAGGAUGUUAGAUGAAGGUUUUAGAACCAAUCAUGUUACAUUUCUUCCAAUUCUUGCUGCUUGUAGCCAUGGAGGUUUGGUGAACAAAGGCUGGGAGUACUUCACCUCAAUGACUAGAGAUUAUGGAAUUCAGCCAAAAGGAAAACAUUAUGCAUCUAUGGUUGAUCUGUUAGGGCGUGCUGGCAGGUUAACUGAUGCUUAUGACUUUGUCAUGAAUUCACCUUGUAAGAACCAGCUAGUUGUAUGGGGUGCUUUACUUGGAGCUUGUAAAAUUCAUGGAAAUGUGGACUUGGUAAAGAUUGCCGAGAAGAACUUCUUUGAGUUGGAACCUAGAAGUGCCGGAAAGUAUGUUGUCUUGUCAAAUGCUUAUGCUUCUAUUUGUUUGUGGGAUAAUGUGGCUGAGAUUAGGAGUGUGAUGAAUGAAUCUGGUGUGAAGAAGGAGCCUGGUCAUAGCAUGAUUGAAAUUCAAAGGGAGGCUCACUUUUUAUUGAUGGAGCAUAAUACUCAUGAGAAAGCUGGGGAGUUAUAUCAGUUGAUUGAAGAUCUGACUCGUGUCCCAAAAGAUAUGUGGUAUCUUCCUGAUAUAAGUAAUUAGAUUCACAGAUUUAAAGUUUGAGGAACGCAAUCGCCUAUGCAGCAGCUAAUGCUAUAGGUCGAAUGCUGCUUUUGAGGAGGGGAGAACUUCUGAAAGCUUUAAACUCUUAGCCUAUACUUCAUCCUCAGUGUCAUGCAUGAUAAUUUCUUAUAAUUAGAGAGGGAGAUAAACAUUUUUAUGGUCAUUAUAUUUCCUCCAAUGGUUAGGAAAGGCCUAUAUGUCAACUCUGUAGGAAAGAUUCGGAGAGAUCUUCGCCAUUGAAUUAUAUUGAGGACCUUUUGGAGAUUGAGUAAAUAUUCAGAUCAUAUUGAGAUGAUGCUGGAAAUUGUUCAGGAGUCAAGCUUCACAGUGAAUGUUUGAACCUUUUUUUUGAAUGUAUUGGAGUUAGUACAUGCUGGCAUUUGGCAAGUCAUAUCCAUUAAAAUGCCAUUUCUUCCACUUGAGUUCUUUAUGUCUGU